GUUUCAUGGCAUUGUGGGCUUGGUUGCCACGGUUUGGAGGUCGAGGGCAUUCCUCUCGAUCGUUAUUUAGACCACUUCACUGGUUUGGGAAGACAGGAGCAGCAUGAGGUCAUCAGUCGGGUUACACAAGAAGCGGAGCAAAGCACAUCCUCCGGAGGGAAAGCUGGAGUGUGCAAUCGGAAAGUGGCACGCGUUGGUUUGCUGUCCUGGAAUGUUGGUGGUAUUAGCGACCACCGGAAGGAUCAAGGAGCUGGCUUAGAAGAGGAAGCGCAGGCAGCCGUUGCAGAUGUUCUGCAGGCUGCAGUUGCAAAGCUUGGUGCAGCCGAUGUCAUCGUUGUGGGCUUGCAGGAGAUCAUCAGCUUGACGCCCUCCAACGCCAUGAAGGGCACAAGUAGUUUCAACGAGUCUCGCAAAAACCAGACAUUCUAUGGUUGGCCGGAAACCGUGGCGCAGUGGGUGGAGCUUUUGCUAGGCGGGCUCAACUCUCGACCGCUGCCAGCAGGAAAAAGCUUCUGCUCCAUGGACCACAGGGCCUAUGUAUUGUACGGUCAGCCCGUGUACCUAUUCGGGCUGCUGUUGUGCGUCUUUUGUCCGGCAUACCUGCUGAAACACAUACGCGAUUUUGGAAUGGCGGAGAAGCCUAUGGAUCCACGAAUCAAGUCAGGUGCCAAAGGCGCCGUGGCAUGCAGAUUCGUUCUCUGGGACAGGAGCUUCUGCUUCCUGAACUGCCACUUGGCAGCCACCACCUCGAACUCAGCCAGGUAUAGCGUGCGAGAUCUCAAGCAGCGCAUGCAGCAGAUGCAGCAGUGCUGGACAGAGAUCAAGUUCAAGUCUCAUGUCAACCAAAUGGUCUACCCUGUGCCUGCUCACCGGGCGAUAUUCUUGAUGGGGGAUACCAACAUGAGGCUGGUCAACAGGGACAGCAAGAAGGAUUUCCACUCGCGUACAAUGCAAGCCUUGGGCGAGUCGGAUGGCUAUAUGGACCUGUGGAAGUUGGAUCAGCUUAGCCAGGAGAUGAGGGCAUCUCCACAGCCUUCAAUCCUUAACACUCAGAAGAGCAUCGGCUGCCUAAAUGCAAAUGUCGCAAGGGACGAGAAAAGCAUGCUCUCACACUGGCGAGAACCCUUCGUGGACGCCAAUCAGGGGCCGCCAUUUCCUCCGACGUUUAAGCUUGCGGUGCCAGGGCCCGGCUACAGCAAGAAGCGAGUGCCUGCCUGGACGGACCGCGUCCUGUAUAGUGGUGACCACGCGGAGCCGCUAAAGUAUGGCUCCGUCGAGCAGACCAAGGUGCUUAGCCCGCCCCACAACGUUUCGGACCAUGAUCCAGUGUAUGCGUUCUUCAACGUGGAGUGCAUAGCGAUCCAUCCGAGGCGGCUGGGCACGCUCGCCAGGGAGGUCCGCGGCGCCGCAAAGGACUCCUUGAGGAAAGAUCCGCUUGCACGUUGUGCGACCACGCAGCUGGAAGUGCAGCGGCGGACGGACAGUGCCCAGAAGCUGCGUCCAGCUUCAUCCAGCUUAGAAGAGGGUGCUCCGCCUGAAAACAAAAUCAUUGCUGCAUUCCGCCAUGGUUGUGAUCCAACAUUGCCAGCGUAUUCGUCAGAUUGUCCUGCAGUUAAAGCGUCGCACUCAGAAGCUUACUUCCACACGCUGGAAAAACUCAACAGAGCAGUUGGCAAGUUUGGUGCUGUUUCGAUGUCUUUUGAUGACUUUGUCAUGGUUUCUCUGCAUCAUUGCAUGUGGCAGAAUCGCCACAAUCCUGGCGAUCAAUUUGGAGAUGAUCCCUUCGACACCUGCACCCCCAAGAAGCUGUGCAGCAUGAUCACAACCAGGGCUGAUUUCGAGAAGCAUUUGCCGCUGGUGUCGCUAGAAGCACAGCAGCAUCGGCAUAAAGCAGACGGCACCGGAUCGGCUCCUGAGACCAUCUUGGGGAAAGGCGGUUUGAGGCUCUCCGUGAUUAAUGGAGGAUGGGCCGAGCAAGCCACUCUCUACCUGGAGCCCAAGUACGAGCAGGACUUCCAGGUUGCUUGGGGGAAGACUCGAAGCGGCAUGCUUCCGAAGAACAAGCUCGGAGGCCCUCCGCUUCAUCUGCAGAGUGGCCUCGUGGCAGCUCGUCCUGGGGAGGCGAUCCAAAACUUCUCGGAUACCCCAGUUGUUGCCAAGAUGCCGCCUGCAGCUGGCAAGCCUAUUACAUUUCUUGUGAUUGGUGAUCCUUGCAACGGGAACAUGCUGGGUUUUGGCCAGUGCGGCUUCCGUGACUACUAUGGAGUAAACAGGACGCUGCCAACGUUGUUGAAUGCUGCCCUACCCAGCACCGAUGUCUGGUACCUCACCGGCGACAACUUUUACGAUCGCUAUGGUGUUUUUACGGUCAGUAUUUUCGCGCAGCUUGAGCCAGCUGCACAAGGUAUUCCACUGAUCUCAACGCCUGGAAAUCACGACUACUGGUUUGAUGGCAUUCCUGCUACGGCUGUCAACUCUUAUGAACUGGGCUAUGAUCAGUUUGCUAUUGGCGGAGCACAGUUCUAUGCAAUGGACUCUGCAGCGACUUUUGCACCAGCAGCACCCGCAAAGGAUCAGAUCUCGCCAGCAGGGACCGCAGCCACCAAGUUUUCGCAAGCGCCUGCAUUCUUAGAUUUUUCUGCUGUCCCAAAAGACACUGCGAAACCGGCAAACUUCCAGCACUACAGCAUUGCGGGCAAUGUCGGCUUCAUCGUCAUCACCUGCGUUGGAGGAGACCCCCGCCCGUUUGUCACGGAGGCAUGCAGCUUCAUGAAGGAGAAGAACCCUGAUCUCGUUCUGAUGCUUGGCCAUUGGAACAAGCCAGGCAGUGGCUGUACCACUGGCUGGGAUGUGCCCAACGUCACUGCCUGGGCCCUUGAUAACUCGGACUGUGCGGCCUUCAGGGGCCAGUCAGGCAAAGCACCUUACGGCUCUUCUGGAACAGCAGCUACACGCAUGAAAUUUAUCGUAGGCCAUCAACACUGCAACUGCAUGACCAGCUUUGCACUCACUGUCAGGGAUACCUGCCUGGAUGACACUGCGGACCCGUCUGAAGUUGAUGGCUUCAUCAUUGGUUCGCACGGAAUGUCUUGGGAUCCACAGGAGACAGAGCCCCCAUGCAGUUCUCGGUUUGGUCUUCCGGUGCUUCGGACAGAUGGUAGUACAUUGACCUUCGCUUAUGCAAAGCUGUCUUUGGAAACGACGGUCACGCACUGCCAUUGGUAUGACCUGUUCUGCCAUGCUGGCCCUGGUGAAGUCUCAACAACAGAUCUAUGGGAGUCCUUCAUGUCCUUCACCCCAUCUGGCUGGUCGUAUAAGGCCGCGGGCCCUUGGGGAAAGGGCAUCAUUAAGGACAAGAUGGAAGGCCUCCUGGCGUGCUUGAAGGAUAAGGGCACGCAUGAAUGUUCCAAGGAUGCCAGCAUUUUUGACCAAUGGCUGGACGACACAAGCCAGUCCGCGCUGGCUUGCCUGAUGCUGCAGGAAUGUCAAGAGGAGUGUUGGAAGGCUCUCUGUGCACAGCUGGAGCACAAGCUCGGGUGCUCCAUUCGCCACGUAGUGUCUACUAACUCCUCCAGUUACCCGGACCUCAUGGAUGAGGAGGAGGAAGAAGUCGUCAAAAGACUGGACUCCGAAGCACUCCGCGAGGGUCUGAGGGAGGUCUUGAGCUCCAUGCAAAGGGAGCUGCCAAGCUCAAGGCCGACGCUGCUUGGAAGGGGAUGGCCCUCAUCGAGGAAGAGCUCCAAUUCCUUGCUCAGCUUGUGA